AUGAAGCCAGCUGAGAGCACCGAUAAAAGUGACGAUCGUCAAAGCGUUAAGGAUCCGCAAAGCAAUAAUGCUCAAACAGCUCAGCAUAGUGAACGAGAGGGCGAUGCAAUGGAUCCGGCAACGAUGUCCACUUGCACUGUAGCGGAUAAGCAUCAUUCUUAUCGAAUGUUUCCGUCGUUUCGUUUCGCGGUUGGCAUCAUGUUGGCGGCAGCAUUUUUUUGUGCCACGUCAAUGCGAGCUGAUCUUGGAAUGGCAAUGGUUUGCAUGGUGAAUGCAACUGCAUUCACACCAGACAAGCCUGUAAAUUGGACAAAAAACAUCGAUAAGAGUGGAGUGUGUCAAGCAGACGGUACAACUGAUAAUAUGGUCAACGCGGGAUACAAUGUAAGUUCACAAAGUGUCAGUCCAACAUUCUGA